CUCCACCCAUCAACCGACAGAGAAGACACCGCUCAACGCUCGUCCGUCAUCCAGACAUAUGGCACAAACCGCCCUCUUUCUUUCCUGUAUCGUUGUGCCCACUACUCUUUAAAAAUUCCGCCGAAAAAGAGAAGACGAUUUUCCAAAACAUUCUGGCCGUUAUCUCACGGCUCCCCUGUCUCUGCACAGGUGUAUGAGCGCUACCCAGGGGGCCUAGGGGCGGCUCUCUACCGGGAGCACUUUGACUUCAACGCUGAGCCACCUUGGGAUCCUAGCUGAUAGCGGGACAGGUCCAUCUCCUGACUUGUCCAUUUUGUUGCAUACCGGCAGGACCCCAUUGGCUCAGUCGUGACCCCUUGACUUGCUUAUCUGUUCUUUAUGAUUGUCGGCUUAGCGGAAUACGGUUGAGAUGAAAGGAUUCGUUGACAAACCCAGCUACAUCGUUGAACUCCUGGAGGGAGGAGUGACCCUUGACGAUGUCAUUGACGGACACAUCUGUGAGCAGGCCCUGGUGGAGAAGAGUGCGUUUGUGGUGGGAGACCUCGGCGCUCUGAUGCGGCAGCAUGUGUGCUGGCAGAGUGCAGUGCCACGGCUGCAGCCCUACUACCCAGUCCAGUGCAACAGCAGCCCUGCAGUCAUCGAGGUGCUGGCCUCCUUGGGCCUGGGCUUCAUUUGUGCCAACAAGACUGAAGUAAGCCUGGUGCUGGAGCACGGCGUGCCACCAGAAAACAUCAUUCUGUCAGGCGUUUGCAAGCAGCUGGCACACAUCAAGCACGCAGCCAAGAACAACAUCCAACAUCUCGUAUGCGAAAAUGAGGCUGAGUUGUCAAAGAUUUCACGCCUGCACCCUGGUGCAAAAUUGCUGCUGCAGUUGACCACCGAGGCCCACGCAGCUGAAACCAGCAUGGCCUUUGGCUUUUCUCUGAAGAGCUGCCGGCACCUGCUGGAAGCAGCCAAGGAACUUGGAGUCCAGGUGGUGGGGGUGACUUUUCACAUCCCCAGCUCCUGCCAAGACCUGCAACAGGCCUACACCCAUGCACUGUCGGAUGCCCGCGUUGUGUUUGACAUGGGGUUGGAUCUGGGCUUCAACAUGAACAUCCUGGACAUUGGUGGUGGAUUUACUGGCUCGGAGGUUCAGCUCAAACAGGUUGAGUCUGCAGUCAGACCGCUGCUAGAUGCUUACUUCCCCCCGCUGUCCGGUGUGCAAGUGUUGGCCCAGCCAGGCAGCUUCUACGUGGCCACGGCGUUCAGUCUGGCUGUCAACGUGAUCGGCAAAAAGGUGAUGAACCGUCACUGGGACAGCCUCACUAAAGGUGUGAACAAUGAAGAUGCAGAGUUCCUGUACUACAUGAAUGAGGGUGUUUAUGGCCCAUUCAGCCGCAAGCUGCUGGGAAACUGCAUCGCUGCCCCGUCAGUGCACAAGCAUGCGCUGUGUGCUGAGGAGGAGGUGUUUCCCAGCAGCCUGUGGGGCCCGUCACUGGACCAGCUGGACCAGGUUGUGGAGCGCUGCCUGCUGCCUGAGCUCAGUGUGGGAGACUGGCUCUGCUUCCCCAACAUGGGAGUGUGUGGCCUGGAGGAGUUCAGCUGCCUCUCCAGCUCCCCCCAGCUGCCCGUCUACUACACUGUCUCCACUUGUGACUGGUACGACAUGCAGGGGGCUGGUGUGGCACUGGACAGCGCCAUGAAGAAUUUCUCCAUGGUCCGGUACAGUGUGUAGCUGCCCUCUGCCCCUGUUCCGUAUGAUAAUGCACAGAUCCCCCCUUAGCCUCUGCUUUCACCAUGUGAGAAGAGGGGUCCACGAGCUCUUUGGGACAAGGGGCUCAAUGUGGUCAACAUUCCAGCCACCGUGGGGAAAAAAAGCAGUGUCCUAUUAUUUCUUCCAGGAAUUGGACUUUUUUUACCUCCUAGAAAUGGGAAACAAUUGGUAGUUUGAUACCUCAAUUGUCUAAAAUUUGAUCUGGAAGAUAAUCUUCUCAUUCUCGCUCCUCGCUCUAAUGGACUGUAAAAAUGUGUCCGCUAAAAGAACUCCGGCUCAAAUGACAAUAUGCAACAAAAUGGACGACUCUUUGGAGAUGGGACCCCCCCCAUCCAUCCCUCUCUCCCCCCAACAUGUUGUGGGUGGUUUGUUUCCUAAAUCAAAUCCAGUUUACAAAAUGUACAAUUGAUUUAAAUCAUGUUCUCUAUUGAUUACCUGUUGACAGUCGCGUCUGUUCAACACCAACACAUUUUGUCUGUAGGUGAUUUUUGAAGUGUUUCAAAGAAUCAAUGUGUGGAUUCUAUACUUCAGACCCCUCACUUUGCAUCGUUUUAAAUGAAGUUAUGACAAUGAUGUAACCUAUUUCUUUGUUGCAGCUCACCUCGAUGCGUUUUUAUUUAUUGGAUUCAGAUAAUGCUGGGGCAAAUUGAAAGCUCCAUCUUUAAGUGUGUUUUGCCCAGGUAUUAUACUGUGGACCAUCUAACAGUGUUUUCCGGAUAAGAUAUUUAUGUGUUUUUUAACGCUACAUGGAUUUAAGUGUGCUGUGAUUGCCAUUUGUGACCUCAGUGGUUUCCCUUUACUCUAAAGGCAUGAAGGAAUUGCUGUGGGAGAUUCUCUCUUGGCUGAGCUGUAGCUUGAAUACAGAGAAGCUGCAGACCCCUUAAUGCACCCCUUGCCUCUAAUAGAGACAGGUUAAUCUGGUUUUAAAUGCACACCGUCUUUUGUAGGUUAAUAAAUAAGUACUGUGACAUUUAGCACCGCAGCUCUGAUUUUUCAGAUCUUCAUAUUAGAAUCCCGUCAUGGGAUUGGUCCUUGUUUUUUACAGGAUCUGAAAAAGCAGCAAAGGAGCUAUUUCUCAAACGUAAAACGAUCUGUAUGUGGCAGAUGUGGACUUAAUGUGUCUAUCUCUCACAUGAAAGGCAUGCUAGCUGUACACAGACCUCUCUGAGGCAGUGCAAAUGACAAAUAAUAAACUUCCUCAUGCCUCUCUAAAGUUAUGAGGGACAUAAUGCAUAGUCUCUUGUACAGCUAAAUGUCUCAUGUCUGAUAAAAAUUAAAGGUGUUGUUACUGAACUGCAGUUUUUAAAGAAUCCUGCCCUUGUGUGUUAUAAAUGACUAAUGUAUUAAUUACUUGCUUGUCUAAGGCACUAAUGGACCAUAGCCUGUUUUUGACUGUAAAUUGUGCUUGUUAAAGUGAUUAAUUUAAUACAUUUCUGACUGAAAUCA